CUACAUAUCACUUGUCGUAGUCUCUAAACCUAACCUCUGACCAGUUGGUGGUAGACAUCUGUUCCUCUACAAUUUAUUUGAAGAUACCCACUUGUAUUUCAGCACCGGUCUGCUAUCUCUCUCGCGACUGUCGCAUGCGGCUUGGUGCAACGCGGGCGGAGCUACUUUCAUCUGAUACUAUACUCUUCGACCUCCUGCCUAAACAACUAUACCAAUAAAAUCACGGAAGUCGGCUCCAAGGAGCACCACCGUCGCCAUGUACAUAGCCUCUCGAACCCUUCAGACCAUUGCCUGGUCCACCCUUGCAGUCUCCGCAGCACACGCCCAAUAUGUCAUAGACAACCUCAGCUUCGGCCACAAGGAGGGCGUCUACAUCUCGCCCGACCUGCGCGCCAUCCCUCACUUCGACGUACAGGGCAUCGACGACUUCAAGCCCCAGAUCCUUUCCGACCGUGUCAUCCUCACCCCUCCUUACCCCGGCAGUAAGCGUGGUGCGCUAUGGGCGAUCGACCCCAUGCACCAUGGCGGAGACUGGACCGCCGAGCUGGACUUCAGGGCGACAGGAAUGGAGCGCGGGGGUGGAAACCUGCAGCUCUGGUACGUUAAGGAGAGCCAGGCGCAUGACAAACCGAACAGCCUGUACACUGCGCCCAAGUUCGACGGACUGGUUUUGGUUGUUGACCAGUACGAGGGCCACGGAGGCUCAGUGCGGGGCUUCCUGAACGAUGGGACGAAGGAUUUCAAGUCGCACCCAGACCCAGACCAGCUGGCUUUCGGCAAGUGCGACCACGCGUAUAGGAAUCGCGGACACCUCAGCACCAUCAAGCUCCACCACGCCAACGGGCUGCUCGAGGUCACUGUUGACGGCGAGUCCUGCUUCAAAACCGACAAGGUCAAGCUCCCCCAGGACUACUACUUCGGUGUCAGCGCCGCCUCAGCCGAAAACCCCGACUCCUUCGAAGUCCACAAAUUCAUCGUCUCGACUACCAACUCGCACACCCGCGAAGAACCCAACCGCCAACGCUUUCCCGACGCGCGAAACCAGCAACACCAACAGCCCGUCCAGAACCAACCCCACCAAGAGUCCGCGCAGCAACAACACGCCCAGCAGCAAAACUCUCCGCCAAAGAAGAUGGCAUCCUCGCAGCAAAUUCCGGCAUGGAUCCAGGAUGUGCUGGCCAGCAAUGUCAAGACAGACAACGAUAGGUUUGAGGAUCUGCAUAACCGGAUUCAGGACGUCGCGCACCACGUCGCUGCAGUUUACACUGCGAUCGAAUCCCUCAACGAGAUGGCCGAGCACCGGCACAACGAACUCAUGUCGCGGCUUGCGCCCAUCGACGACCGGACAGCGCACAAUGUGCGCUUGAGCGAGAAGACGGAUAGCACGGCUCAGCAGAUCCUGCGCGAUCUGGAGAGCAAAGAUUACAAGGAGCUGAUUGGCGCGUUGCAUAGGAGGCUUGAAGAUAACCAUAAAGAUAUUCCGAAUGUGGUUAAGACGGUGGUGCAGCAGCAUGGACUUAGUUGGAUGAGUUUGCUGGCGAUUGCAUUCGCCGUCCAGGUCAUGGUCGUCGGCGCGUACCUUGUGUAUAAGAAGAGGAGGGGUGGGGCGCCGAAGAAGUAUUUGUAAACGUUUCGACGUAAACGUUUCGACUUUUGGCGAGACGAGGACUGUAUCAUAUGCUUGGGUUGUUGAGUUUGGUGCAUUGCAAGGCGUUGGAUGAGCUGGGUCGAGAUUUACACAAUAC